AUGUCGAACUCAACUCAUCAUGCGUCGGAGGAGCCGGUGGUUCAUGUGUCAUAUCUGGCUGGGUAUAUUAUCCUGUCAUAUGUGAUCAGCGCUAUGGGAUGUGCAACCACACUGGAGCUUCUCCACCGGCGGACAUCAAGAUCCGGUCUAUACAACUGGUAUCUUCUCCUCACAUCUUCAAUCACUAUGGGCGGUAUCGGAAUCUGGUGUAUGCAUUUCAUCGGCAACCGCGCCAUCGUCCUCGGAAGCGGCGAAGGAAAUAUUCAAAUCUUAUACAACGUCGCCUUCACCGGUACCUCAUUCGCACUUCCAGUGGCAGUACUAUUAUUCGCCUUCUACGCCAUCGGCGUCGAGGAAAAGGCUGGAUAUAUUCGAAUCAUGAUAGGAGGACUGCUGACUGGCAGUUCUGUCUGUGGAAUGCACUACGUCGGUCAACUUGGUAUCUCCAAUUAUCGCUGCUCCUACCACCCCGCCAAUGUAGUUGGAUCGGCUAUAAUCGCCAUCUUUUCCAGUACGACUGCUCUGGGCAUCUUUUUCCGGUGGAGGGCGUCUUGGACGGAUAGCUGGUGGAGACGUGGGCUUUGUGCUUGUCUUCUUGCUGGUGCUGUCUCUGGUAUGCAUUGGACUGCUGCUGUUGGCACAAUCUAUCGCGAUCAUGAUCAGAAUAUCUCCCAUGGGACGCAACUGUCCAGGAGUCAGGUUGUUAUAAUCUGUGCUGUUUUGGCCUGCGUUGCUUGUGUGAUCUUGUCUGCUUGUGCUAUUGUCGCCGGUAGCAAUCGCCGAAAGUCGACUACCCGUGCUCAUCAGCUUGUUCUCGCUUGUGCCUAUUUCGACCCUACUGGACGAGUCAUGGUUACACCUCAAGCUCUGUUCCCGACGCGCAAGAUCGUUGAUCAUUAUAUUGGACGUACGUUCAAGGACGACGAUCUCACUCGCACUCAUCCUACCUUUUUGUGGGCUUUUAGGGCUACUCGCAACUGGCCUGUCAUCAAAGAUCUUGUUCCCUUCAUGCGGAAUCGCCUGGAUUCUGAGGGACGCGCUAUUCAGCAACAUAUGCUUUCUCGAGGAGUGUUCAUGGACAAAGAGACUGAGUUGCAGACUGAUUUUGAUACUUUGUUCAAACAACUGUUCUGUGUCACGGCCCAAGAGCUUUCCGAGGAGCUUCGUCAGCCUCUACAGGAUCUGGGCACGCUUUACGACGAUGUCCUGUCUACAGCAAUCCCCGUCUCACGUCUCUCCCGUGCAAUGGGCCGGUCAUCCCUCCGCACCGGCAAAGGUCAGUUGAUGUUCACCGUCCGUCAGCUCCAGAAAAAUGAAGCAGCAAGACUCGCCUCUCAAGGCUUCCGAUUCGCAACAAUUGAACACGUAACCUCAACGAUCUCUCGCCGCAUUCACGUCCCAGAGGCAAGCUUAACCAGCUCCCUCCGCGACAUGCGCGACUACGCCAGCUCAAGCCGCGGCUUCGAAGAAGGCGUCCACCUAAUCUCCUUCGUCAUGCGACCCUCAAUCCACGAUCACUUCGAAAUCCUUACAGUAAAAGGAAUCGGCAACCCGCUCCCAUCCUCAACUCUCCCGAUAAAAAACCUCCAAGUGCAACACCUCGAACUUCUCUCGCACAUGGAAGGCUGGUCAAUGACAGCCUGCCUCCGCUACCUAUCAUCACCAGCAGCAUCGCAAACCUUCCCCAACCUCUCCGAAUUCCGCAACCACCUCUCCAAAUCAAUCGCCUCCCUCUCCAAAUCCCUCCCACAAGACAUGCGCUCCGCAGCUCAACUCUCCGCCCGCCCCCUAUCAGCACCCUGUCGCACCCGCCCCUUCUCAGCCUCCACCUCCAAAGAAGAAAUCCCCCAAUCAAACUGCGCCCUCAUUACCUUCUGCGUCGUCGGCACUCUAGACACCCAAGUCCCAAACCCAGACUACAUCUUCACCCCGCUCCGCCUCUUCCGCGUGCAACAACAAGUCAACGACAACACAGCCGACAGAGAAGGCUUCGCACGCGAGCUAGGCCAAGAACUCUUCUGCACAGAUGUUCGUUCAGGCAGUUCAGCCACAGAAUCAGACAUCGCCUCUUCAGCCCGCAUGGCGAUUUCCCGUCUUUGGCCUCAUCGCGCUGGACACUCUCAUUCGAUGACGUCGCAGGAAUCACUCGUCGAGCCUGUUGCUACCGCGCUUGGCGAUAUUACUGUUCAUAAGGAGGUGCGCGUUGAUGUUACUCGUCUUCAUGAGACUAGUAAUGCGCUGGGCAGUGAGGCGAAGACUAUUGUUGCGGCUGGCGAGGUGCCUACUACGCCGUUGACUUAUGUUGAUGAGCUGUAUAGUCUUUGUUAUGCGCCUGGUUUGAGGUUGAGACCUGAUUCGUCGUUGCAUCAUCAUCAACGGAUUAGUUUGUAA